AUGUUGGAAUUGGGCUCCUGUACAGUCAGCACUCAGUCUGUGACCGGGGACCACAAUGCACUGGGACUGCCUGGAGCUCCGGUGGGGGCGGAGUGUUGGGCGAUGCGUGGGAACAGCACCCCCAGACACCACCUCCUUGCCCCCCCUGCUCUGGACUGUGAGAACUGGCAGAAGCACCGCACAGGACUGGCCUGUGGUUUCAGCCCACACUCCUCCUCCCACCUCCUGGAGCCCCCCAACCUCUCCACCAGCUACAACACCAUCUACCUCCCACAAAUGCCAGGACAAAUGCCCCAGGUCCUUCACCCAAACAGGCUGGGGCUGGCACUGGACGUGACCCCCGCUUUCGAUGGAGGGGGGACACUGGGGGCAGAGGGAGAUCUGGCAGUUAGCCCCAAUGUGAUGAAGAGGCGAAGGGGGGGUCUUAUUGAGCAGCGGGACAUUGUCAAAGCCCACCAGGCUCACAAGAUUCACAGCACACCACAGGCACGACGCAAGGAGUGGGAAAUGGCCCGGUUUGGAGACGACAUCCCGGGCUUAUUGAGCUCAGGAGAUGGAGGAUCUGAGCGCAACCGGAACCGCGAUGGAGCGGCAGUGUCUACUGGUGGCAUCUCCCCAGCCUUCAAACAGACCAAAGCGCAGCGAGCUCGCACCAUGGCCCUUUACAACCCUAUUCCGGUCCGGGAGAACUGUUUCACCGUCAACCGGUCUCUCUUCAUCUUUGGUGAGGACAACAUGGUCAGGAAGUACGCAAAGAAAAUCAUUGAGUGGCCUCCAUUUGAGUACAUGAUUCUUGCCACCAUCAUCGCAAACUGCAUCGUCUUGGCUUUGGAACAACACCUGCCUGGAGAGGACAAGACCCCCAUGUCCAAAAGACUGGAGAAAACAGAGCCAUACUUCAUUGGGAUGUUUUGCUUCGAGGCUGGAAUAAAGAUCAUUGCUUUGGGCUUUGUUUUCCAUAAAGGCUCAUACCUCAGGAACGGAUGGAACGUCAUGGAUUUCAUCGUGGUCUUCAGUGGGAUCCUUGCUGCCACCGGAGCUUACAUGAACAUUUCUGUAGACCUUCGGACACUGAGGGCUGUGCGUGUUCUCCGGCCUCUCAAGCUGGUUUCAGGCAUUCCCAGUUUACAGAUCGUCCUGAAGUCUAUAAUGAAGGCUAUGAUUCCGCUGCUGCAGAUCGGACUGUUGCUGUUUUUUGCCAUUUUAAUGUUUGCGAUCAUCGGACUGGAGUUUUACAGUGGAAAACUACAUUCCACUUGCGUGGCAGAUGCAGGAAUACAAGAGAAUGAGACAGUCGACCCAUCGGAGGUUGACUUCCCAUGUGGAGUUCGUCAGUGUCCCGCCAAAUACAACUGCAGCAAAAACUGGAUUGGCCCCAAUGACGGAAUCACUCAGUUUGACAACAUCCUGUUCGCCGUGCUGACUGUCUUCCAGUGCAUCACCAUGGAGGGCUGGACCGCUGUGCUAUAUAACACUGAUGAUGCUUUGGGCCCAAGCUGGAACUGGCUCUACUUCAUCCCACUGAUCAUCAUCGGCUCUUUCUUUGUACUUAACCUGGUACUGGGAGUCCUCUCUGGGGAGUUUGCCAAGGAGAGGGAAAGAGUGGAGAACCGCCGGGCCUUCAUGAAGCUGAGACGUCAGCAGCAGAUUGAGAGGGAGCUCAACGGAUACAGAGCCUGGAUUGACAGAGCAGAGGAGGUGAUGCUUGCUGAAGAAAAUAAGAAUCCAGGACCUUCUGCCCUUGAUGCUCUCAGGAUGCUCCCAGAGUGGAGUACAGGUGGUACUUACGUGCUGAAGAGAGCCACCACCAUCAAGAAGAGAGGCAUGGACAUAGGACAUCAUGGGCAGAUGGGAGACGAACAGUAUGGGGACAUGUCCUCAAUGACACUGCCUGUGACAAGAGGAAGCAUCCGGAGCUCAAAGCGAGGCCCAGCUGCAUAUUUCCGCAGAAAAGAGCGUCUCUUACGCAUCUCCAUCCGCCGCGUUGUGAAAACACACACAUUUUACUGGACAGUGUUGGGAUUGGUGGCUCUCAAUACACUGUGUGUGGCUAUUGUCCAUCACAAUCAGCCUCUUUGGCUGUCAGACUUUCUCUACUAUGCAGAGUUCCUGUUUCUUGCCCUUUUUCUCACUGAGAUGUUUCUGAAGAUGUACAGUUUGGGGCCCCGACUCUACUUUCACUCUUCCUUCAACUGCUUUGAUUGCAGUGUGAUAGUUGGCAGUAUCUUUGAGGUUCUAUGGGGUUUCUUUAGGCCUGGCACUUCCUUUGGCAUCAGUGUCCUACGCGCACUUCGUCUGCUCAGAAUUUUCAAGAUCACCAAAUACUGGGCCUCUCUGCGGAAUCUGGUUGUGUCUUUAAUGAAUUCUAUGAAGUCCAUCAUCUCCCUCAUCUUCCUUCUCUUCCUCUUUAUUGUCGUAUUUGCCCUUCUCGGAAUGCAGCUCUUUGGUGGCAGGUUCAUCUUUGAAGACUACACACCAACUAACUUUGACACUUUCCCUGCUGCCAUCAUGACUGUAUUUCAGAUCCUGACUGGAGAAGACUGGAACGAGGUGAUGUACAAUGGUAUUCGCUCUCAAGGGGGAGUGAAGUCAGGCAUGUGGUCCUCCAUUUACUUCAUUGUCCUCACUCUCUUUGGAAACUAUACACUGCUCAAUGUCUUUCUGGCCAUUGCUGUGGACAACCUUGCUAAUGCCCAAGAACUUACCAAGGAUGAAGAAGAAGCAGAGGCUGCCUUUAACCAAAAACAUGCUCUCCAAAAAGCAAAGGAAGUGGGACCACUGUCUUCUUUCAUGUCUUCGGAGGGGAGCCGGAGAAGGCGGCCCUAUCUGUACAGAAAGAGAGCCAUCCACCGCAGUCACCCAACAUACUCCCUGGAAGAGGCCCAGGGCAGCGUCAGGGAAAGCCGCCCUAAACUCAACCCCUCUCACUCUUUCAUGUCCAGGAGAGAGAGGAGGAAGAGGAUGACCAUGUCCGUAUGGGAGCAGAGGACCAGCCAGCUCCGGAGACACCGCCAAAUGUCCAGCAGGGAAAUCCUCUACAACAACCCCAGUGAGGAGCGGGAUGGCCCUGCACAAAGCCAACACGGGCGUCCACUGUCCCUGCAACGGAAAGUAAUGCAAAAUACACCUCCAUCAAGCAUCAAAUGCCCAAAUGACCCCUUAGCUUCUCCUGUUAAGAGCAAAGACUUACCCGAUGACCCUUCUUUAGCCCUGUCCACUAACACCCCAGACCCACAGACUGUCCCCGAAGUGUCUAUGACUUUACCAGAGCCCCCUGAAUCUGAGCCUGUACCAGAGAGCGGAGGAGCAAACAGCUCUGUGCAUGAAAGGAAGAACAGGUUAAAUGGGGACAGACAGCACAGGCCAGUAAAAAAAUUUCGGCCUCCAGAUAACUUAAAUGUACUGACUCCAGAGAUGAGAGGGCGUGGGAGAUACAGAGGGAGGAGGUCUCCCCAUCGCUGUGACCAGUCAGUGGAGGACAAAAGACAGGAAUCAUCACCUGGACACCAAAACAAUGACUAUAUGGAAAGUGAGGAGAGGAGGGAAGAGAGAGAUGAGGGGAACGGGACAGAGAAGAAGGAAGGAGAUAUGAACCACACUGAAGACAGCACUGAUGCCAAAAAGCCAGAGGAUCCAACAGAACCAUCUGACCUGCCUCCACCUGUUGAUAUUGAAAUGAAAAAAAGUAUUACACCAGAUGUGUGCCAGGACAAAGCCCAACUCAGCUCCAGUGUUAUAAUAGAUGUUUGUAAAGAACCAGCCUCUAUGGAGCUCUCAACUAUUUCAGUGAAAAACAAGCAUCCUGAAGCCUCCAAGUCAGACAAUGAGGAGACAGAGGACACAAGGCCCAUCAACAUUACCGUUCCCAACAGCAUGUUCAUCUUUAAACCAGAAAACCUGGUUAGGCGAGCCUGUCACUAUGUGGUAAACUUCAGGUAUUUUGAAAUGACCAUCUUAUUGGUGAUUGCUGCCAGCAGCAUCGCCCUGGCAGCUGAGGACCCAGUUGAUACAACUUCUGACUGGAAUAAGGUCUUGCGCUAUUUUGAUUAUGUUUUCACUGGAGUUUUUACAUUUGAGAUGAUUAUCAAGAUGAUUGACCAGGGUCUGAUCCUCCAUGAUGGCUCCUACUUCAGAGACCUGUGGAACAUCCUUGACUUUAUUGUGGUCUUUGGAGCUCUAGUGGCAUUUGCACUUACAAAUGUGAUGGGAAAUAACAAAGGCCGUGACAUUAAAACCAUCAAAUCAUUGAGAGUUUUGAGAGUGCUCAGACCACUGAAGACCAUCAAGAGACUACCUAAGCUCAAAGCUGUCUUUGAUUGUGUGGUGACGUCUCUAAAAAAUGUCUUUAACAUUUUGAUCGUCUAUAAACUCUUCAUGUUCAUCUUCGCUGUGAUCGCAGUGCAGCUUUUCAAGGGAAAGUUCUUUUACUGCACAGACAGUUCCAAGGCCACAGAAAAGGACUGCCAGGGUUACUACAUUGACUAUGGUAGAGAUAAGAAGGAGGUAAAGGAGCGAGACUGGAGAAGACAUGAUUUUCAUUAUGACAAUGUGAUCUCGGCUCUGCUCACACUCUUCACUGUUUCCACUGGAGAGGGAUGGCCUCAGGUGCUGCAACACUCAGUGGAUGUGACAGAGGAAGACAGGGGUCCCAGUCACAGCAACAGAAUGGAAAUGUCCAUAUUCUACGUCAUCUACUUUGUUGUCUUUCCAUUCUUCUUUGUCAACAUCUUUGUGGCUCUCAUCAUCAUCACCUUCCAGGAGCAGGGGGACAAGAUGAUGGAGGAGUGCACCCUGGAAAAGAAUGAGAGAGCCUGCAUUGACUUUGCUAUCAGUGCCAAACCUCUGACCCGUUACAUGCCUCAGAAUCGUCAUACUUUCCAGUACCGCCUUUGGCAUUUUGUGGUUUCGCCAUCUUUUGAGUACACUGUUCUGGCUAUGAUCGCUCUAAACACCAUUGUUCUCAUGAUGAAGUAUUAUUCUGCUCCACCUGCAUAUGAGGCUGUCCUGAAGCACUUAAACACAGCCUUCACUGUGCUCUUCUCUGUGGAGUGUGUGCUCAAGAUCCUGGCCUUUGGUUUUCUGAACUACUUUAAAGACACUUGGAACAUCUUUGACUUUAUUACCGUCCUGGGCAGCAUCACAGAAAUCAUCAUAGACUUUCAGUUUGAGGAUUCGCUCAACAUGAGUUUCCUGAAGCUGUUUCGUGCAGCUCGCCUCAUUAAAUUGUUGAGACAAGGCUACACCAUUCGUAUUCUGCUCUGGACCUUUGUGCAGUCAUUCAAAGCUCUGCCCUAUGUGUGUCUGCUCAUUGCCAUGCUCUUCUUCAUCUAUGCUAUUAUUGGGAUGCAGGUGUUUGGAAACAUAAAAUUAAAUGAAAAGACCCACAUUAACCGGCACAACAAUUUUAAGACUUUCUCCAGUGCUCUGAUGCUGCUUUUCAGAAGUGCUACAGGGGAGUCCUGGCAGGAGAUCAUGUUGUCUUGUCUCUCCGGUCAGCAGUGUGAGGUGGACCCCUCUCUGAAAGACUGUGGCUCAGACUUUGCAUAUUUCUAUUUUGUCUCCUUCAUCUUCUUUAGCUCCUUUUUGAUGUUGAAUCUGUUUGUGGCAGUCAUCAUGGAUAACUUUGAAUACCUCACGAGAGACUCCUCCAUCCUGGGCCCUCACCACUUGGAUGAGUUUGUUCGUAUAUGGGGGGAGUAUGACCGUGCUGCCUGUGGUCGUAUUCAUUACACUGACAUGUAUGAGAUGUUGACCAACAUGUCACCACCUCUAGGCCUGGGCAAGAAAUGCCCCUCCAAGGUGGCAUAUAAGAGAUUAGUCCUGAUGAACAUGCCUGUGGAUGAUGACAUGACAGUUCACUUCACUUCCACACUCAUGGCUCUCAUCCGCACUGCUCUGGACAUUAAAAUUGCUAGAGGAGGUGAAGACCGAACCCAGAUGGACCUGGACCUCCAGAAAGAGAUUGGUGUCAUCUGGCCUCAUUUAUCUCAGAAAACAGUAGAUCUACUGGUUCCCAUUCACAAAGCCAGUGACAUGACAAUUGGAAAGAUCUAUGCUGCCAUGAUGAUUAUGGACUACUACAAGCAAAACAAAGCCAAGAAGCUCCGGCAGCAGCUGGAGGAGCAGAAACAUGCUCCAAUGUUCCAGCGUAUGGAUGCCUCCUCUCUGCCUCAAGAAAUCCUAUGCAAUGCCAGGUCCCUGUCAUUCAUGCAUCAUAGUGCAGGAUCUGCUCUCACUAGAGGAGGCUUUGUAGCUCUCAGUCCAGUCUCUCCUCAAGAGAUGUUCCUUCAGCCACUGUCCUGUUCCAGAGAGCUGAAGAAAGAGGAAGAGGGGGACGAGUACCACUCCCCUUAUCAUCCAUAUCCACGCCUGCACUAUCACCACCAUUUACACACACUGGUACCUGAUGUUGUAGAAUACAACAAUGCAAUGCAACAGGCCAAACAGGACCCAGGAGGUUUGAGAUCCCCUCAGCGCACAGCCUCCAUAAGAGCAUCGUCAAUGCCUAGACUGGCUGUGGAGCCACAGCCUGGGAUAGCUGCAGACAGUAAGCUGAUGAAGCGUUCCUUUUCCACCAUUGGCGAUCAGUGUGUGAAUGGUCUGUGGCAAGAACAGUAUUCUCUAGAGAGAGUUAGUCCUGACAGCACGUACAAGCCACGCCAAAGAAGUUACAGAGGCCCUAGAAUCAACCACAAAGAAGCCAUGAGUACUGAGAGGGGCCGAUCCAGGGAGCGGAGACACCUACUGUCCCCUGAUGUUUCACGGUGCAACUCUGAAGAGCGAAGUCGGGACCCUUCAAGUGAAGGUCCACCAUCUCGCUCCCCAAGUGAGGGGCGUGCCAGCACCACACAGAAACAGGUAAACCCCACUGGCAGUCCUGCCCAUUCUGCCUCAGAGUCCAGCACUCCUCGAAAUCGCCGACAGCUUCCCCAGACUCCGUCUCGCCCACGGCCUUAUAUCAACUACUCCCCUCUGGUCUGUCGGCCCACACCCUCUCCUGCACCAGCACCCACCUCCGAGGGGCCCAGCCAGCCUCAGGAUGCCCUUACAGACAUCUCUGUACAGAAAGAGUCCCGUGCCCUGGGACCAAGUGGGGAUCAGGUUUCAGGACCAAGUCACCCCUCUCCUCACCGCUACAUCUCCGAGCCGUAUCUCCCACUGCACCAGGACCUCAGCAGGGGUGAGGCAGUGGACAAAGAGGACACACUCACAUUUGAGACUGCAGUAGCUACCAGCUUGGGCCGGGCCAAUGCUAUAAGCUCAGCGCCACAGCUCAGACACUCGUGGCAGGUCCCAAAUGGUCAUUUCAGGAAGCACUUGGGACCAGCUGGACCAGCCAGUGCUACGGAGCUGCUCAGUGACACAGAUGAAGACGACCGCUGCUAA